AUGGGAAACAAGCAGUCGCACGCUCAGGGUGAGUUCCGCUACAGCGGACCCACCGACUUCCCCUACAAUGAGAAGGUUCCGCUGUUCGAGGAGAAGAACGGCCUUCUCUUCCGCCUUGUGAACACGGAGAAUGGUUCCUGGGCCUUCUACAACGACUGUAAGAGGUUCGAGUUCCACGUGAAAGUGACGUUUGGCUCCAACUCGCGCAACCUCCAGGCGCUAGGCAACACGUACCUCGCCGAGGACCCUGAAGGCGGCUGGGUGGCCAAGACGAUUGUGUACCCGUGCAGUACGGUGCCUUUCAUCCAGGGUGAAGUGGUCGGCUUCAAUUCGGUGGUGAACGCCGUGCUGCUGACGACGGAGUACAAGGAGCGCCACAAGGAGGAGAAGAAGGCAGCCAAGAAGGCUGCAAAGGGGGCUGAGCACGGCGACGAGCUCGGCAGCAGCACGCGGUAG